AUGGCGUUCGCGUUUGGGAAGGAUGCGGGGCCCCAAAGCCAAGGUACCAAACUGUUACCGUUCGGUACUCCGGCAUCAUCUCAGGCACCGCCAAUACCUCAACCUGGCCGUCCUCGAUCUCCAUGGGGUCCUCCACCAAUGGACAGCGUGCAGUUCCCGUCAUUGGGUUAUGGAACUCCUGGCUUCGUGAGAAGUCGUCAUCCAUCAGCUACAAUGCCAAAUAUGUCUGAAGUACAAAGACCACAUUCUUCCUCAUCGAGAUUUGACAUCUCACAGUCUCCUGCAAGCUAUCUUUCCAUAACAACUAGGCCUUGA